AUGGUGAACGGGGAUCCGUUUCUCACCAGUACCCACUCCACAAAGAUGGCGAAACUCUCCCAAGGACCAUCUUCGGACGACCACGCACUGCAAGCGCUGAUUCGCUACAAUGCCUUAGAUUCUCUCUGCAGGAGAUUAAGUACCUUAAACAAGUGUGUGGCGAUAAAGCUGGAGUUCAGCCGAUCCAGAAGAAGGGGAGAUGAAGAGGAGGAUGAAGACCUCUUUGCCAUCAGCCCAAAAUGGUCAUUCGACAGGAAGAGCAAACGCUGGAUCCGUGUGGAUGACGAUGAUCUACUGCACUCACUGAACUGCUCCAUUUCAAGACUGAGGAGAUCCGGAAGCUGUGAGAGCUCUUUUACCAAUAGCAGGGAGCGACGUGAGCUUUGUUCCACUCAUAGAUUUAGUAAUGCUGACAGUGAAAGGGGAAGUGCUUCCAACAAAAUUGCAGAGGAACCCGAAACAAGUCGUAGCUCCUCCAGAUGCCCCUCGAACUAUAAGCCCCAAUCUCCCGACAAUUCAUCCAGCAGACCUCCAUCUCUCAGUGAACAUCACAUUUUGAGCAGUGAAGAAUGCCUCCCUGAAAGGCCUCCAGUAGAAAAAGACAAAAGCCUUCUCCGGAAGAUGGAGAAACUCAGAUUAAGAGGAAGCACACUACAGCCACACACUCAAAGUGGGAAAGCCAGACCUGUCAUAAGUGGACCAAUUAUCCAGGAAGGUCUUGGUGAGGAAAAGCUGAAGCAUCUUCAAUGUCUAGACUUAGUGAGGCUCCAGGACAAGACUGUAAAUCCUGUAUCCUGUUCAUCACCCUCUCAAUCAAGUAGCAGUUCCUUAGAAAGCAGCAGUGCGGUCAGCACGCCAAGCCCUGUGACCAAGGUGCGCAGCAACUCCAAACGCCAUGGACUGUCCAAACAAGAAGACAAUCAGAAGCAAAUCAAUGAGCAGCAUUUCAACAACCAGCACAACCUUGAUGUCAACAACGUCUUUGAAAUUCCCCAUGGACACAAGCCAGGGAAGUUCCCAACAGUGCUCUUACACAACAGCACCUUCUCACCUAUCAACAACACUUCGGUCAGUUGGAAGACUGGGAGUUUCCAUACUUGUGAUCACCGUGUCAGCAUUUAUGACAAUGUCCCAGAUCAUAUGAAGAUUUUAGAUGAUGUCUUCUCAGAUUUGGACUGUGUAAUGGAACGCAUUUGUGGCCUGCAACAGUUGGUAAACUCUUGGACAGACAAGUUGUCAGAGGACGGGGAUUAA